AUGGCUGGCCAUGCCAUGCCAGCCUUCGCAACCAAAACCCUGCUCUCUCUCCAAUCUCCUCUUCGGAGAUUACUCCGAGUGCACUUAUCCAGUCGCAGCUGCGCUUCGAUUGCCGCUGCGCUUUCUGUUUACAUGUUAGUUAAGGAAUUAGCUUGGAGGAGGGACUCGCUCGCUGUAGAGGAAUUUGAGUGAGAGUUCGAAGGAGGUGGCGAGGUUUGUUGAAUUUUGGUGGUGGAAUGGUGUAGAGUUGUGUUGGAAAUUGUUGUAGAACUGGGAGGUGGAUUCGUCGGAGAGACCCUCGGGCGCGCAAUGGCGACGACGCGGUCGCAUGGAGUAGUUGCGACGGCGUCAGCGGUGUGCGUGGGAGUGGACGCUGCGGCGUCGACGAGUGGGAGACGAGUCGGGGUAAGGAGUGGUAAGAAGCAGUGUGCGCCGACGUUGGCGUCGCGGAGAAGCAUUGCGCCGGGCGUUUUUAGACCCGGUGGUAGAAUUGGCGGUUUCAAGGAGCAGCGGCAACCGGCCGUUGGUGUGAGGGCGGCUGAAGAUAAUUCAAUUUUGAAGAAAGGGACGCAGUUUUUCACGCGUAGAGGGCGUAAGGACGAUGCGGGAAAUGAUGAGGCUUCCCCAUCCGGGACGCAGUUCUUUACUGGUCUUGGAGGAUGGGGGAAGAAACCGAAGGCAGAUGUCGACAGCGAACCUGCUCGGGGUGGAACUCAGUUCUUCAGUGGAAUUGGUGGAUGGGGGAAGAAACAAGCGGAGGAUCAAAUGGAAGAAGAUGAAGAGUCAAGCGAGCAGCCUGCGUCGUUUGGCACGCAGCGGCUGAGAUUCGGUACAAAACGAGGUUCUGUAGAUAAUGCAAAUGGAGCGGGAACCAUGAGAGGAGGAGCAUUGGUGAAAAAGGAGAACACUGCUUUGGAUGUAUUGCCAUUUGGAAGAGGACGCAGGUCUGACCCGAAAACUGUGUUUAUUGCCGGUGCCACUGGACAGAUCGGAGCCCGCAUUUCUCAGCAGCUCCUUCGCGCUGGGUUCAAUAUCCGAGGUGGAGUUCGGGAACUUUACUUUGCGCAACAGCUUGCAGAAUUCGCCACUCAAUAUGGGGUUAUUUCCAGGGAGGAAGCAAAGCGAAUGAACGCAGUGGAGUUUGACUUCAAGGAUGUGGCCUCUAUACUCAAAGCCAUUGGAAACGCGUCCAAGGUUGUUGUGACCGUUGGACCGGUUGAAGAUGGUCCUCGAAGCGAGGUAUCAGUUGAUGAUGCCCUUCGAGUCCUUGAAGCAGCGCAGAUUGCAAAUGUUAGCCAUUUUGUGGCUGUAUAUGAGUCAGGAGCCGGAACUGCUGCUGAUGGACCUUUGGCAGGUAUUUCAUCUUUCUUCAGCAAUCUGUUCAGCGGAGGGGCAGGUGGUGCGAAGGACGACGCCCAUCUUCUGGACAGUCUGGUGGAAACGGACAUGAAAUACACGUUUAUUCGAUCUCCAUCGACAGAAGGUGUGGAUGACUACUCUCCAAGUACCUCCAAUCUUGUAAUUGCUGGUGAAGGAGCUUCUGAUGCAAGUGGCAAGGUCUCCAAAAUUCAAGUCGCCUCUGUGGUCGCGGCUGCGUUGUCACAUACAACUGUAUCUGAAAACAAGGUUUUAGUGGUUGCGUCAGAUCCGUACGCUCCUCCAAUUAUACCUGAAGAAGCCUUGAGUGUCAUCCCUAUUGACGAAAGAAGAGCAAUUUUGCAAGUGGAGCGGGCCGAGGCCGAGGAAUUAGCUCGAGAGCAAGAAGCUCGCAAAGUUGCUGAAGCUGAGGCCAGGGCAGCUGCCGAAGAGGCACGUCAAGCAUCCCAGCUUGCAGUUCAAUUAGAAGCGGAAGCAAAAAGACUAGCAGCCGAGGAGGCCAGGGCUUCUGUCCUUGCUGCGGAGGCACAGGCAAGAGCAGAGGCUGCUGCUGCGUCAGUGGAUGGCUUAACGAUCAAAGUUAAGGAAGUGGGGAUUGAUAAUUUCACCAAAGCAUUAUCAGGACGAGGAAUGGGAAUAGGAUCUUUUGCUUCAAAGGUGGGCACUGUCAAGGGAGGAGAGAAAUCCGAUUCAAAAGUGUUGAGAAAUGCCAAACUUGAAGAACAGAUGAUCAGUGUGAGUUCUAUUGUUGAAUCGCCUUCAAAUGAUUCUCCGCGAAAGCCUGCCUCGAAGUCGCAACGAAACAUUUUCGGUAACAUUUUCAAGCAGGACACAUUCUUUAUAGAUGAUGAGUAGCAUAGCGUAGCAGCGAUACCUUUCUUACAAGGUGCGAGUUAAUUAACCCGAACAAAAGACAAGCUUAUUCCAUGGAUGAGAUUCAUAAAAUCUUGCAUGUUAUAUAUCGGGUAGUCGGAAUUUCCCAGACCUCUGAAAGUUAAGUAGGUGAGGAUAGAAAUAAUCAUCGUGUAAAUCAUCCAAGAAAUUUAGUGGGAUGCGUAAUUUUGCCACAGUUGUGCUGUUCAGGAUUAUGCAUAGUAAAGAGAAAUUAUGCGACUGCGUUUGACAAAGAUA